CCCGCCGCUGCCGGCGGUGGUCUCAGCCGCCUGCUGGCCAUCUUCGCCGUCAUGACCGGCCUGCUGUCGGCGGUCGUCUGGCUGGUCGAGCAGAACCUCGACCGGUUCUACAUCUUCGACAUUGACCACCUGGGCGACGUGUCCAAGCGCGCCAUCGCCGCCCACGGCAACAACACGCGCGACGUCGUGUCCUACAUCGUCUCCGAGCUCAGCGAGAGGUCGCCCGCGCACGUCAACCUCGAGGAGGACUGGGUUUUCAACAACGCCGGCGGUGCCAUGGGCGCCAUGUACAUCAUCCACGCCAGCGUCACCGAGUACCUCAUCGUCUUUGGCACCGCGGUCGGCACCGAGGGCCACACGGGCCGCCACACCGCCGACGACUACUUCCACAUUCUCUCGGGCGUGCAGCUGGCCUACGUGCCCGGCGAGUACGAGCCCGAGGUCUACCCCCAGGGCAGCGUGCACCACCUACGCCGCGGCGACGUCAAGCAGUACAAGAUGCCCGAAAGCUGCUUCGCCCUCGAGUACGCGCGCGGCUGGAUCCCCCCGAUGCUCUUCUUCGGGUUCGCCGACGGCCUGUCUAGUACGCUCGACAUCCCGACCCUCUGGAAGACGACUAGGAUCACCGGCAGGGAGAUGAUUGGGAACCUCCUCAAGGGCAAGCUAUAA